AUGACUCCUCUCGGAGGAAUCAGAUAUCUGAUCGCGCAUGCGCCGAGAGAAGCACUUGGUGAUUCAGAACAGGAAAUUCAGGAGUCGAUAUCCUUUCUUGAAGCAAUAGAAUGGGUACUCGUGAAAACGGAACGCGAGAGAAUGGACAGAAGAUUGAAUUACUCAGCUCAGGACAUCGGACAGCGCCAUAUAACUUCCACCGAUGCGACUAACAACCACGAAGCCACUGAGGAAGGCACCGCUAGUGUCGUCACUAAGAAGGAAGGCGUUCAGGGCAAUGUCACCGAAGAAGUCGCCAUUGAAGUCUUUCACGAAGAUCUCGUCAAGAAGAGUACUGCCGAUGAGAAAGUCGCGAAGAAACCUGAUUGCGAAGAUAUUGUUGUGGAUGGAGUCACCGAGCAAAGCAAAAUUGGAGAUUCCGUUCAGGCGGAUCUUCUCUUGUUGGGUAUGGACAUGGAGGAUGACGCCGAGAAGAACAACAUUGAGAAAGGUGUUAUCGCGAGAAAUGUCCCCGGAAUUCUUAUGAACAAUUACAACAAUUCGGACGCCAAUGAUGAUUUCGAGAACUCUGGAGCCUAUUACCAUAUCAUAUUGAAGAUGGAUUGUGGCGACAUCGACGAAAAGGUUGUUAAGGCUGAGAGCGAAGACAACGAUGAUGGCCAGGCUCUAGCUUGA